GGCGGCGUUACCCGGAAGCGGCGGCAGGGCAGGAUGGACGACACGCUCUUCCAGCUGAAGUUCACAGCGAAGCAACUGGAGAAACUUGCCAAAAAAGCUGAGAAGGACUCCAAGGCGGAGCAAGCCAAAGUCAAGAAGGCCCUUCAGCAGAAGAAUGUGGAGUGUGCUCGUGUCUACGCAGAGAAUGCCAUCCGCAAGAAGAACGAGGGGCUGAACUGGCUCCGCAUGGCUUCCCGAGUGGAUGCGGUGGCCUCCAAGGUGCAGACAGCAGUGACAAUGAAGGGGGUGACGAAAAACAUGGCUCAGGUGACCAAGGCUUUGGACAAAGCUCUGAGCUCCAUGGACCUUCAGAAGGUGUCUGCAGUGAUGGAUAAGUUCGAGCAGCAGGUUCAGAAUUUGGAUGUUCAUACAUCGGUCAUGGAGGACUCCAUGAGCUCCGCUACCACACUGACCACACCACAGGAGCAGGUGGACAGCCUCAUUGUGCAGAUUGCAGAGGAGAAUGGUUUGGAGAUCAUGGACCAGCUCAACCAGCUCCCCGAGGGUGCUUCAGCAGUAGGGGAGAGCUCGAUGCGCUCCCAGGAAGACCAACUGUCACGGAGGUUGGCUGCCUUACGGAAUUAGAUCUCCUGUCACCCCUGCGGACUGCUGCCAUGCUGGUUGUAUGGUGUAUGGGGACGAGGGACUCAGGACUCCUUCCUCUCUGCCUUUACCACCUCCUUGCUCUGACCUGCUGGCUGGGCAGGGCCAGCUCCUCCUGCAGCAGCUCGUCCCCAGCCCUGUUCGCCUCCCUGCAGACUCUUCUUUUGGGGUGCAGUAGUGACCAGAGCAGGCAGAGGUCCCGACAGGGGGUGUGGAGCCAAGGACAGCCCUUCUCUGGGCUGGACGAGUACUUUGCUGUUCAUUUUAGAGUGUUUUUCAGUGAGGGUCACUGCCGGCUUCUCGCAGCGUCCCGUGAUGCAAUGUGAUUUGACACUAAAUGAAUCUUUCUGGAGGUGGGUCGCAGUGUCUCCUGGGGUGCUGGCUGCCUGCCUCUUCCCUGUGUAGCCUGCUUCUGUUGUUACCUGGGUUUGGGCUUCGGUGCUGUGGGCAGCACUUUGCUGGGGACCUACAGCAAGUGUAUGUCCACAUGGAGCAGAAUUACAGCAGGGGGCAGGGGUGGGGCUAUGGUGUUUCUGGGGGCUUCGUGCCUUGCAAGAGGCAGCACCCUUGCCCAGCCCUCACUGCUCGUUCCGUAGCUGUAUGUGAGUGCCCUGCUUGCAGGCUUCUCCUUGCAGAUUCACCUCAUCAUGGCAGGCCAAACCCCCUUGCUUCUCUUGACCGCAAAGUGACCUUUAAAACCCUCCUCCUGCCCUGCACAAGCCUGUGUGUACAAAUCUGUGCAUCCACCACCUCCCACCAGUACGGUUUGGCAGUGAGCUCUCCGUGCCAUGACUUAACCAUGUGCCCGGUCCAUGCCCAGUGCCCUGCAGCUGGGAGAGGGUCUCAGCUGCUCGCAGUCUUCAUGACUGCAGGCUAAUCCCAGUGUUCUGCUGGAUGGGCGUGCUGGUGUAAAUGCCAAACUGCCCUGAGUGUGCAUCCUCCAAGCCCUGUGCUGUGCCUGGCUCUCCCUGCUGCCCUUCCCACUCCCCUAUCCCCACCUUGCUGCAUCUGUGGUGUGCCCGAGCUGCUGCCUGCACUGGGCUAGGUGAGAGGCACCGCUCUGCUCCCACAACCCACAGUGGAACACAACUGCUCAGAGCCUUCCUCUGGGCUGAGGUUUUCAGUGCCCCUUCUCCCAGACACCGCGGAGGUACGGGGUGGAUGGAGAGCUUACAGGAAGGAAAUGAAGUUUCCUUUGCCUCUCCCAAGGAGAAACUCCAGGCUGCAAGCAGUGGGCUGCAGCUGGAGCCGAGCUGUGCAGCGUGCAGCCAGCCCUGCUGUGGAGGGGCAGCUUUGCAUCAUCAGCUGUAAUGGGAACUUGCAGCCAUGCAGAGCUGCAGUGGGAGUGGGGCCUUGGCUGCUAUUGGCGGUGCAGCAGCAGUGUGGGGAGAGGGCAGGCAGCUCCAUCCCUCCUCCUCCUCCAGUGCUGACGCCUGGCCCCAGGGUCACGGACACCGCAGCGCCUGUAACAAAAACAAUUCUCACUGUUUUGAUUAUUUUUUCUGAGUUCAUUGGCCUUGGCAGCACGUGGCUGGUGACCAAAAGAGCCUUCUUCCCUCCUGUGCCGCACUGGGGAUGUGGGGUGGUGACGAGGGCAUGGGGAGGUGCCUGCACCAUGGAGUGGCACUGCUGCUGGCUCCUGGCCCUGCGUGGGCACCAUGAGUGGGGCUGGGGGCCGGGAUGAGACCCUGCCCCUGCAGUCACUCCCUUUUCCCAUCUGAUUUUUCUCCAUGUCCUGAUCUGUGGUGAUAUUUUUUUAAAGCUCGUCUUGUUUGCCUUUUUUUUUUUUUUUCCUCCAAAACCCUGUUGAUUACCUAAUGCUGUUUUAAAUAAACACUCUGAACAUCCA